CCUCAUACAAUCAGAACGCCGCAACCGGAAAUCGGCGUUCAAAACUCAGCCUUUGUACGGGGAGGCAGAGUCAACAGCGCCACUGGAGAAUCUCUGAGAGAGAGUGUCAAUGGGGUACAUAGAUGAAGCACGUGAAAAUCAUGUGAAGAAGAAGGUUGAAGAAGCUCUACGCAGCAAAAUGAAGCAAAAGGCGCUUAAGGAAUGUGAUCAGUACACUGCAAAGUAUGCGCAAUGUUCAACUGGAAGAACAUUCUCCGUCGUUUGGAAGUGUCGUCAACAGGCUAAAGAAUUGAAUCAGUGCCUUCAUCAGUUCACUAAUGAUGCCGUUUUGGAAGAAAUGAAGAAAGAAUACAUGCUUCAACAAGAUGGGAAGGGAUCUGUAAGACUUUAAAUUCUCUUUGGGAAACCAGUCAGUUAACAAAUUUCAAACUCAUUAUGAUAAUGCCUAGGGCAGAUGUAUUUGUUUAAUUAUGUUUUUGCAGUGCAGUUAAAUUCAAUUUUACACAUCUGCAGCCUGUCUUUUGUGAUCCACUGAAUGACAUCUGAGUUUUAAAAGCUUACAUGAAGUUCGAAAGCGUUUUGAAUAUUUUUAUUUGGAAUUUCAGCACCCUAGA